AUACUGUAAAGGAUAAAGCUAAAAACCUUCAGAGAAUUUUAUUUGAAAAAUCACACGAACAGGCUCGCGUCAUUUUUGGAGUGAAACGUCCUUGAGGUAUUUUUGCGGCUUUCCGACACCCACCUGAGGUCCCAGUGUGUCAUGCUCCAGUUUUAUUCUUGAUUCAUGCAGUUCUGUAAUAAGGUGGUGAAAAAGCUUGUGCUCCUGGAGUUAAUUCCUAAGAUCAUGAGAUAAAAAAUGUAAGACAUUCAAGACAAUUGAGGACUGGAAAGUCUGGAAUUGACUAAUUCAGGUGUGAAACAAGCAGGUAAUCUUGUUCCCUCCAUUCUUUUAAAAAGGGUUUCCAGUGCCUACAAAAGCCUGAUUGUGUGACUGUUUUCAGAGGCUGUAGUUAUGUGGUCACCUUAUAAAAUGUAAAAAAAAAAAAAAAUGACAGACUCAAAUGUAACACCUUUCAACGGUAAUGAAAGUUUCUGGAGGUAAGAUUAGUUUAUAAAAGUAUAGUUGGAACUAGAUUAAAUUAGACUUUUUAGGGGGUAAUUUAAGUUAAAUCAGUCAUAAUUUCCAUUAAAAUUAGUCUCUCAAUUUCUACAAAUCCAGCAUAUAUCUUUGCUUUGCAACUUUCUGUUGGCAUGGGGUAUGAGUGUUUUGCUGCAGGAGGGACUGGUGCGCUUCACAAAAUGAAUGAGAAAACUAUUCGUACUGUGUGGGAAUAUUAAAAAUUUUGCAAAAGCAUGAUCGUGUUGUCAAGCAGAUUGUGUUCAUGACUUCUUGAAUCUAAGUCUGGCACUAAUCAGGCCCUGGGUGUGGCUGGCAAAAAAUAAAUCAAGGGAAAGUGGUUAAUCGGCCAACUCAUGAUUUCAAAAGGGGGAUUGGGUGUGUCUUAAAAUGUAUGCUUUUAAUUUGAAAAAUGUUUAGCAACCCUGUACAGUAUAUUUUGUCUGCUUACUCUAAAGAAACUGCUAAAAACAUACAUUUACAAAAUUUUCUCCAAGUAAAAUUUAUAGUAUUUAAAAGUAACUCCCGCAAUAAAACUCUUACAUAUUUAAGAUCUCUGAGUGAAAUAAACACUUUUCCUGACUUGUUUCUGAGUGUUUGCUCUAAUGGCAUCCAGGGUCAGGACUUUGUGAACAGGAAGGACGUUGACGUGUUUUCCGCAGGCUCGCACCGGGGAAAGUUGUUUCCUGAACUAAUGCUUUCAACACCAAACCCUCGCCCUCCUACAAAAUGACUGAAGCGGACUUUAUGAACUGUUAAUACUCGUGUUUUUCUUUGUUUUUUUUUAUUUUUCUCGCCCAUGUCCCGCCUGUUAUUGAGCUGUUUGAUGGGAAGAUGAGCUCGGAGAAGAAAGACACAGUGGCGAGCCUGCAGGCCCAGCUAGCUGAGUACCGUGCCCAGGCCGAGCACUGGCAGGGCGUGGCAACCAUCUGUGAGCUGAGCAAACAGGAGGAACUGGCCGAGCUGCAGAAACAAUGUGAUGAAGAGAUACAGUCUCUUCAGGAGGCGCUCAGAGAGACUGCAGCUCAGUAUGAAGCCAGGAUAGCAGUGCUGCAGUCCCAGCCUGUGGACUGGAGGAGAACCAGUGGACACAACGCAACCAGCAGCAGGAAGGGCUGGGGCGACGCCGACUUCUCCACUAAUGACUCUCCAACAUCGGCUGUCAACAGCUCGAAAGAGGAUGAAGCAGCUUCGCCAGCGGACCAAACGAGAAGUCGACCAGCAGAGUCGGAGGCAGCGGCAGAAGGAGAAAGCUCGGCACUCUCGGCCGAGGGUUAUUUCUCAUUGCAGAACUGCGACUCGGCAUCGCUGUCCUCGUUCUCCUUGGACACUCCGUCUCUGCCCAGAAAGCUCCUCGCUCAGGACGACACAGAUUCGCUGGUUUCCACAGGAACGCUGGUUCCCGAAGCCAUCUACCUGCCGCCAGCCGGACACCGCCUCGUAACGCACAGCGACUGGGACGCCAUGAACGCGCAGCUGUCAGAGCUGCGAGGGGAAGUGAGCCGGCUGCAGGCAGAGAAGGAGGAGCUGGAGAGAGAGCUGGAUACACACACCCACCAAACCCACAAACAGGUCUCACUGCUCCAGUCUCAGGUCCAGGCCUCAGAGACGCUUCUACAAGAUUUACAGAAAUCUUUCAGCCAAUCACAGAAUGCUGUGCAGAGCCGGCUGGCAGAGCUGUCCCUGUCUCAGCGGAAAAUGUGCUGUGAAUUGUCCAGGCUGAAGGGAGAAGAGGUUGACGAGAGCUUACUAGAUUCCCUGUCGUCCCUCUCGAGCGCACAGCAUGGGGCGCACUGUGAGGAGCGGCUUCGCAUUGAGAUUGUCAAUCUGAGGGAGCAGCUGGACAGUCGGACUGAGGAGAACGAUGUUUUAGAGGUGCAGCUGUCCACUCUGAGGACUGAGACGGAGAAGAUCCAGGCUCAGAAGGACCAGCAGCAGGCUGAGCUGCUUUCCUGCCGCAGUGAACUGGACGCCCUGCGGGUGGCGCUCACUCAUUUGCAGAGCUCGAACAAAGCCCUCACUCAUGAUAAAGCCGUUCUUCACCAACAGUGUCUGGAGCUCCGAAGCCAAGUGAUCAGUCUCCGCUCUCAGGUGGACACCAGCCAGACCGUGCAGAGAGACUUCGUCGAGCUCUCCCAGUCGCUUCAGGUGAAGCUGGAGUUGAUCCGGCAGGCGGAGAGGCUGGAACAGGUCAAGGAGAUUCUGGGGGAGAGCGUCGGUGAAGCGGAGUCUCAGCCGGCUGACGCCUCGUGAGCGUUAGCGGAGAAAAAGAUUAGGAAACCAAAGUAAACGUAUCUCCCGGACCGAGACAGUCCACGCGCCGAACUGACAGGCCAGAUAAUGCAACACUGAUUUCCUUUUUCGCAUUAAGACACUGGAACCUCUCACAGACGAUAUUGUCUGCUUCCACUAAGCUUAAAGAAACGGUUGAUCGAGAACCAUUUUUAUAUUUACUUCUGGUAACACAUUCCUUCAUUCCUGUACAGCACUAAUGCUAACCUGGACGUAAUUUGUUCAUGAAACUGACACUCAUCUGCGCAACACUUGACUCUGCAGUGAUUCUGCAUAUUUAAGCAAUAUUUCUCAGUGAAGAAGGUCCUCUAUGCAGCUCAGUGCAAUAAGGAUGGAUAAAGCAAUGCAAAAUAGAGGAUUUUUAAUGUAUUUUGUUUUUAUAUGUAAUUAAUCAUCUAUUUGUUGUCAUUUAUUGGGCGAGUAGACGUAGAACCCAUACCUUUUAAAUUUAAAUAUACAACUGAGAUUAGAAAAUGAAAGCGUUGUAUUAGUAGAGGCAUAUAAAUGUGUAGCAUGUUUUUUUGUUUGUUUUAUUACACACUGAAGAUGAAAAACAAGUUGUCACAUUAUGUCUCUCAAGCAUUAAGGUCACAAUCAAACAGGUAUAAUAAAGUUCUGCGGCUCAGA